CAAGCUCACAAGACAAGAAGAAGCUAAUGUCUGUUGGAAUGUCUGAGGCCUCUCUCCAUAUAUAGCCACUACCAUCUCCGUAUCUCCAUCAACUCACCAUAAACCUUCCAUCUCUCAUAGUUCAAAGAUCUCGCAUCCUGCUUCUUACACAGUCGUUGGAUCCAGCCAAGUCUGCUGAGACAACAUGAUCAGUCCUAAGAAGCUCAUCAAGCUCGCCAAGAAAUGGCAGAAACUAGCAGCAAAAGGGAGAAAAGGGAUUUCCUUUCCAAGAACCGAUGCAGAAGGAAAAAGGGAAGUAGCUGAUAAAGGGCACUUUGUGGUCUACAGCUCCGAUCUGAAACGGUUCAUGAUACCAUUGGCUUACAUAAACACCCGCAUAUUUCAAGAGCUUCUUGAGAGAUCCGAAGAAGAGUUUGGGCUUUCAAGUGACGGGCCGAUCAUGAUGCCAUGCGAUUCCGUCUUCAUGGAUUAUAUACUCUCCGUUGUUCGAAAAGGCGUGUCAGAAAGUCUGGAGAGAGCUCUACUUGAUUCAGCUGCUACAUAUUGGUGCUUGCUAUCGGCUUCAUCCUGUCAAGAACUAAAUAGCCGACAUUCGCUUGUCCCUGUGUACUGAUUGGAGAAGAGUUACACUAUUGUAUAAUACGUAGACAGAUUUUGAAAUAACAUUCUUCACAGCAGAUUUUAUGAUA